AUGUAUGCAACAGUUGGUACACAGGCAGGCAUCACUACCACCCAGUCACCCAGCACCAGCAUCAACACCAGCAGCAGCCCACUCAUCCAGCACCAGCAGCAGUCCAGUCAUCCAACACCCAGCAGUCGCAGUCAUCCAGCACCAGCAGACCAGUCAUCCAACACCAGCAACCAGUCCCAGUCAUCCAGCACCAGCAACCAGUCACGCAGUCAUCCCAACACCAGCAACCAGUCGCAGUCUCAUCCAACACCAGCAGCCAGUCAUCCAACACCAGCAACCAGUCACCCAGUCAUCCAACACCACCAGCAACCGGUCAUCCAGCACCCAGCAGUCAUCCAGCACCAGCAACCAGUCAUCCAACACAGCAACCAGUCAUCAACCCAGCAACCAGUCACCCAGUCAUCAACACCAGCAACCAGUCAUCAACACAGCAACCAGUCAACCCGGUCAUCCCAGCACCAGCAAGCAGUCACCCAGUCAUCAACACCAGCAACAGACGCAGUCAUCAACACCAGCCAGCAACAGUCGCAUUAUUCCAACACCAGCAAACCAGUCAACCCAGUCAUCCAGCACCAGCAACCAGCCGCAGUCAUCCAGCACCAGCAACCAGCCGCAGUCAUCCAACACCAGCAACAACCACCCAGUCAUCAACAGCCAGUCAUCCAACACCGGCAACAGUCACCCACCCAGUCAUCCAACAACCAGUCAUCCAACUCUAGCAGCCAGUCAUCCAACACCAGAAACCAGUCACCCAGUCAUCAACAACCAGUCAUCCCAACUCCACUCUCAGCAAAACUGAAAAAAAUGCAUAUUUCCCAACAGCUGUGCCAACAGCCAAUUCUCGACGCUCACAAAUCUGUCAUCUCUUGUGACAGCUGCGACGAGAUUUUAUGGUUAAGCAAUUUGGAAUUGCUGAAGUUCUGUGUAGAGACG